UAAUAAUUUUGAUUUGAAUUUUGUAACGUAUUUCGCUUACUUCCCGCUUCGAAAAAGUUCAAUAAUUAUAGUGAAUUACAUAAUUUUUAUUAAUUAUUGUCUUAAAAUAUCGGAUCAAUAAGUGUUACGAAUCAUGGACAUGAAUAAAAGUUUCAACGAAUUAUCCAUCGGUAAAGAGAAUAAGCCAUUCACAGUACCAACAACACCCAAACUGAAACAGCUCGGCUAUGGAACAGGUGUCGGAGUAUUUCACGUCGAUCGAUCGCCUAGAAACGGUCUCGUAAGUUCUCCUUGGGCAUUGAAAAAAAUAAUGCGACAGCAAUCAUCAUUCACCAAAAAAAUGGCAGAACGGUUGAGAAACGAAGCAGAAAUCUUAAGGAAACUGAAUCACCCCAACAUCGUUGGUUUUAGAGCUUUCGUUAAAACCACGGAUGGACGAGAAUGUCUUGCGAUGGAAGAAUGUCAUACGUCAUUGGGCGAUUUACUAGAAGACAACGAAGAAUUUCUUCCGGUAAAUAAAAUUCAAAAAGUAGCUGUCGAAAUAGCCAAAGCGUUAGAUUACAUUCACAACGUUGCUCGUCUUCUUCACGGGGACAUCAAGUCUCAUAAUAUUCUUAUCAAAGGCGAUUUCGACGAGAUUAAACUUUGCGACUUUGGAGUAAGUUUACCUCUAAAUGAAAAUGGUACUUUCGAUGUAAAAGCUGCUGGAAAAAACACCUACGUUGGUACUAGAAUGUGGAUGGCUCCAGAAGUUUGCGAAGAUAGGACGAAGCAGAUUGUCAUUACUGAUAAAGCUGAUGUUUUUCCUUACGGUUUAACUAUAUGGGAAAUGUUUACCAACCGCAUACCACAUUCUGCUACUUUUUCUGAUGAUUCUGAAGCAUCUUUCGACGAAGAUGCUUACGAAGAAAGAUUAAAUCAAGUCGUUGGUACAAGACCACCGUUGCCUGAAGAUGUAGCGGACGAUAAGCAAUUUGAAAAUGUUAUUUUAUUAUUCUGCUAUUGCACCGAAGAAAACUAUAAAAAAAGAUAUUCGGCCAAACAAAUAUUGCAGUUUUGUGUCGAACAUAAAUUCUAAUGCAUUGUACGUUUGAUUUAAGCUAAAUGAUUUGUAAUUAUUGAUACUUUCCAUAAUGUCAUUUGCAUAUUAAUUUUUAAAUCAAUUGUCUAUGACUAUAGUUUUUUAUUCUACUAUUUUUGUACAAAUUGUAUUUUUUCUGAAUUUUAAUAAUUAUACCAAAUUAUCAAAUUUUA